AUAAUUUAUUGGAGACCUAGAAAUGAAAACCCAUUCACAUAUUGUAGAUAUUUAUAUGAUUUAUAAAUGUGUACAUUUGCUUUAACGUUAUUUAAUCCUAAUCAUUCUUGUUUUUUGGUAUGUUUGUCGACCUAUUUUUCUAUAAUGUUCAUUUUGUUCCUUAUUAUUAACCAUUAUCUUAAAACGGCGAAGAUAGAAAGCCACAUGUUCCUGAGAUCUCGCGUAGUUAGCGAAAUGUGUGUUGAACGGAAGCCGCCAUAGGUCAGUUUCAAUCGGCGUGUUCAUUUGAACCAGAAGAACCGCUACGAAGCAGGGGGAGAAGAGCGGCCCAGUACUGAUAAUCCAACUAUCAACUCAAUAUUGAUGGAGUGGCAGCCAGAUGAGCAGGGACUCCAGCAGGUCCUCCAACUGCUCAAAGACUCACAGUCCCCCAACACAGUCACGCAGAGAGCUGUCCAACAAAAACUUGAACAACUCAACCAGUUCCCUGACUUCAACAAUUAUCUAAUUUUUGUCCUCACACGACUCAAAACUGAAGAUGAGCCAACUCGUUCUCUGAGCGGUCUGAUUCUGAAGAACAAUGUUAAGGCCCACUACCAGAACUUCCCACCAGCUGUUGCUGACUUCAUCAAGAAGGAAUGCCUCAACAACAUUGGCGACCCCUCGCCGCUCAUCCGUGCUACCAUUGGCAUCCUGAUCACAACUAUUGCCUCCAAGGGAGAGCUACAGACAUGGCCUGAGCUGCUGCCCCAGCUCUGCAACUUGCUCAACUCAGAGGACUACAACACCUGUGAGGGCUCGUUUGGAGCACUGCAGAAGAUCUGCGAGGACUCGUCGGAGCUGCUGGACAGUGACGCUCUGAACAGACCCCUCAACAUUAUGAUACCUAAAUUCCUUCAGUUCUUCAAGCACUGCAGCCCCAAGAUUAGGUCCCAUGCCAUUGCCUGUGUGAACCAGUUCAUCAUUGGCAGAGCCCAGGCCCUAAUGGACAACAUUGACACUUUCAUAGAGAGCCUGUUUGCGCUGGCAGCAGAUGAGGACUCUGAGGUUCGAAAGAACGUGUGCCGAGCCCUGGUCAUGUUACUGGAGGUCCGCAUUGACCGCCUCAUCCCCCACAUGCACAGCAUCAUCCAGUACAUGCUGCAGCGGACCCAGGACCCUGAUGAGAACGUGGCUCUUGAGGCCUGUGAGUUCUGGCUGACUCUAGCAGAGCAACCCAUCUGUAAGGAGAUGCUGUCCGGACACCUGGUGCAACUGAUACCUAUCCUUGUGAAUGGGAUGAAGUACUCAGAGAUAGACAUCAUACUAUUAAAGGGUGAUGUGGAGGAGGACGAGGCGGUACCAGACAGCGAUCAGGACAUCAAGCCCCGUUUCCACAAGUCGCGCACUGUCACCUUGCAGCACGAAGGAGGGGAGGGUGAGGAGGGUGAGGACAUCGAAGAAGACGACGACGACGAUGACGACACUCUGUCAGACUGGAAUCUGCGAAAGUGUUCGGCCGCAGCCCUGGACGUGCUGGCCAACGUGUUCCGCGACGAGCUACUGCCCCACCUCCUGCCGCUCCUCAAAGGCCUGCUCUUCCACCCCGACUGGGUCAUCAAGGAGUCUGGCAUCCUGGUGUUGGGUGCCAUAGCUGAGGGCUGCAUGCAGGGCAUGGUGCCCUACCUGCCGGAGUUGAUCCCCCACCUCAUCCAGUGUCUGUGCGACAAGAAGGCCCUGGUGCGCUCCAUUGCCUGCUGGACCCUGAGUCGCUAUGCACAUUGGGUGGUCUCCCAGCCUCCCGACUCCUACCUCAAACCCCUCAUGACAGAGCUUCUGAAACGCAUCCUUGACGGCAACAAGAGGGUGCAGGAGGCUGCCUGCAGUGCAUUUGCCACUCUGGAAGAGGAGGCGUGCACAGAGCUGGUGCCCUACCUGAGCUUUAUUCUGGACACGCUGGUCUUUGCCUUUGGAAAGUACCAGCACAAGAAUCUCCUCAUCCUCUAUGAUGCAAUAGGAACUCUGGCUGACUCAGUGGGUCACCACCUCAAUCAGCCUGAGUACAUACAGAAGUUGAUGCCCCCCCUUAUUGCAAAGUGGAACGAACUGAAGGACGAAGACAAGGAUCUCUUCCCACUACUGGAGUGUCUGUCGUCAGUAGCCACUGCCCUGCAGAGUGGCUUUCUGCCUUACUGUGAGCCUGUCUAUCAGCGCUGUGUCACACUAGUCCAGAAGACACUAGCUCAGGCUAUGAUGUACAAUCAGCACCCAGACCAGUAUGAGGCUCCCGACAAGGAUUUUAUGAUCGUGGCCCUGGAUCUGCUGAGCGGCUUGGCUGAGGGUUUGGGGGGGAAUGUGGAACAGCUAGUGGCCCGCUCCAACAUCAUGACCCUGCUUUUCCAGUGCAUGCAGGACACAAUGCCUGAAGUGAGGCAAAGCUCUUUUGCUCUGUUGGGUGAUUUAACCAAAGCCUGCUUCCUCCAUGUGAAGCCUUGUAUUGCUGAGUUCAUGCCUAUCCUGGGGCUCAACCUGAACCCAGAGUUUAUCUCGGUGUGUAACAACGCGACCUGGGCCAUUGGGGAGAUCUCCAUGCAAAUGGGAACAGGUGUCAAGCAGCAAACAGGGGAUUGUCCAGGUGCAGAGAUGCAGCCGUAUGUGGGCAUGGUCCUGCCACACCUGGUGGAGAUCAUCAAUAGACCCAACACGCCCAAGACUCUGCUGGAAAACACAGCCAUUACAAUUGGCAGACUGGGUUAUGUCUGUCCCCAGGAAGUGGCGCCACAGCUGCAGCAUUUCAUUAGACCAUGGUGCACAUCGCUGAGGAAUAUCCGAGAUAAUGAGGAGAAGGACUCGGCCUUCAGGGGAAUCUGUGUAAUGAUUGGCGUCAACCCUGCAGGAGUGGUGCAGGACUUCAUUUUCUUCUGUGAUGCUGUGGCCUCCUGGGUCAACCCCAAGGAUGACCUGAGAGACAUGUUUUAUAAAAUUCUUCAUGGCUUCAAGGACCAGGUCGGGGAAGAGAACUGGCAGCAGUUCUCUGAGCAGUUCCCUCCUCUGUUGAAGGAGCGCCUGUCUGCCUGCUACGGCGUCUAACCUAACCUUCCCCUGGUCCACACAGGACAUCAACCUGUUAGGUUAAUGUAGGGGAGGGUUACUGGGGUACUCAUUGCACUGCCCAGAUCACGGGGGAGAAACAAGAGCUGGAGGGAUGUGACUGGCCUUGACCCUCCAUUCAGCGGAUGGCCCCCUUUCCCCCCCGCGCCCUGUGUGUCUCUGUGAGGGAGGGUGGGAGGAGGGUGGUGGGUGUGGGAGGGUAAACUGGGGAUAUACAUAUACCUCUCGGAUUAAACGCCUCACUAAAUCCAAACACACUCAAAAGUGACUUUCGCCAACAGCACCGCAGGGAUCCUUGGUAGAAGAGGGCAAAAUAGGGGCUGGCUUUGACCUCCCCCUCCUCGAUUUGAUUAUUCUGUUAAGAUAGAUGACGGCUGGGAGGGGAGGGGGGGUAGCAGAUAGGUACAUAAUACGGAAUUAUCUGAACCAGCAUAGGGUGCCACAGUCCCAAAUACCACAAUGCACGUAGUCAGUAGAAAGACUCACAGAUGUAGAUGUGUUUAAACAGGCUCGUGCCAGAGGCUAAACAAAAAACAUGCUUUUACAAUGUAACAAUGCAGGAAAUGUGCACAAAUUUUUUUUUUUGCACCUUUUACGGCAAAAUUGCAUAAACAUUCGGUGUGCAUAUACAUGGGUCUUAUUCUCUUUUCACAUGUACAUUUAGCUGAAUUUAAUUUCCCUCCUCUUCCCUUGGUUGCUGAAUUCCUCUCAGAUCAUAGGUUUCUUUUUCUCCCUCAUUUGAGGCAAAGAAGAUGCAGUAGGUCUGUCCUCUAAGGUUUUACCACCGCAGUACCAAGUUGUUGCAUGGCAUAUGAUCACCUCCUAAGUGACGCAUGUUUGAGUGAAUGUGUGUCUUGUUGCACUCUUGAUUUAUUGCGUUAGUUGUCUGUAUGGGGAGGCUGCCAUAAUUUGAGGCUGUCAGGUGCUUAGUUAUUUUUGUCCUCCAUUCAUACCUAUCAUCUAAUCAAUGUCCCUAUAGUGUAAUGGAGGCUGUGUGUGUGUGUGACGACCAACUAUUGGUAGAUCAAUACAGGAAUCAAUACAGGAAUCGGCUCAUGUCUGAUUGUUUGGAGAAUCACUCACUGCAAGAAGAGUUAAAAUACUGUACGCAAAGUUGAGAAUCCUUUGUGCUGCUGCUGCUUUGUUUUUAGAGUAUUUACAAAACAGACUUAAUGAGAGCGAUAAGACAUCACCAAGAAUGAAUUGGUUCUUACUGAUAUAAAUGCACUUUUUCUUUUGUAAGAAAUUUAGAAUUUCACAUGUAAGACAUACAGUAAUGAUAUACUGAUCUUGAGAUAUAGUUUUUUUGAUAAGUGAUUUUAGGACUGUUAAUGGCUUGCUAAAGUAAGCAUAAUGUUGAUAAUGUUAAGCAAUGGUAAAAUGACUAGGUAAGACUUGAGGCCUCUUAACAUAGUUUUAUAAUGUAGCACCUUCUAAAAUGGAUUGAAUAGGAUUUAAGAGGGAAACAUCUUAAUUACAGUAUUUUGGAUCCAUGUCCCAGUGCACCUGUCAAUCCAUAUCUGUGUUUAAAGAUGUCUCCGUCUCUUUCAUCAGAGCUUUUUUGUUAAAUAGUGGCUGUUUGAGCUGUCAAAGCUUCUCCUUGUCAUGAACACUGCAUGCUUUUCAGUGAGUCUUGCUCCUUUUUUAGUCAUUUUAUAACAGGUCCCUUUGGAGGGAUCUACCUUAUAAGAGCUUUGUCAAUGGCAACACAAUUCGCUGCUGGAAUAAUAAGGUACUUCUCCAGCUCGUGAUAAAACUAGUGAUUGUUGUUGCCAUAUCUUCACCCGACAAUACUGUGUAGGUUAUGCCUGGGAAUACACUGACUCUGAGUCCUAAUAGUUCUCCCCUGACACUGGUUAGCUUAUGUGAGAGAGUGGUGGUCUUUAUCAAGCUUUAUCUUUUAGUCAUUGUCCAUAGUGGACGGUUGUAAUGUAAGUGUGUAUGGCUGUUGCCUGUUGGUGUUUUACUAUAAUGGUGUGUACGCGAGUACUGCUUAGAUGUAACUUUGCACCAGCCCUACUCUAAAGUUAAGUGGGGGGCGUAGUUUGAGUCAUGCCUGGGUUGAUGUGGCCAGUGGGAGAAUCAACAUUUGCCUGCCAGUUUCUGUCAUCAGUUUGAUUGUCAGGGUGUUUAAAACUCUUAAGAUGAAGACUUUCACUCAUGGAAAAUACUGAUAUCUGCUCCUGUCUGACUAAAAAGCAUUUUCCUGAAUAUCAGCUCACAUUUACAGUUUAUGUAUUUUAUAGAAUCAGCAUUAAUGUGUGAUCAACAAAUGUGAUGCAGAUUUUUGAUUUUGUUGUAGCACAAAUGUUGCAGAUGUUGAUGAGACAGUGUUUUGGAUUCCUGACCACUUUUCUAAGCCCACAGACCCCACAGACUGAAUACUGAUGGCAUCCUGUCCAGGUUUAACUGGUAGGCGGGUGUUGAGAUGUGAGCUGGCCACUCAUUCAUCAGAGGCUGGACAGAUGUGCUUGGAGCAGCAGCUUUUGAAGCAUUCAUUACAAGAAUGAUUGUUUCAGAGGGAUGAUGCUCCUGUGACAUAAAAAGUUGAGGCUAUACCACUCCUCACCAUGUUGUGAUACACUAAGCUAUCUACAGAAGUAAAUUUAAAUGCAAGUUGUCCACAAGUUGUUUUAUUUUUUAUUUUUUUUAUUUUGAUGCACAUGUGACAGUUUUGUUUUUAUUUAUUUAUUUUGUUUUUUACUUUUUAUUUUGUUUUUGUUUUUUUUAAAUAUUUUUGUGUGCCCCAGUGCACAAAUUGUUUUGGACUUUAAAAGUUUUUUUGUUUUGUUUUGUUUUUUUUUUCCCCAUUUUUAUUCUUUUUAUUUAAAGAAUAAUUUGUUUUCGUUGUUUUAUAGCGGACCAUUUGAUUAUGUUAAAUUUGAUAUUGUGGUUGGACUGAAGGAGAGUCGGUGCUUGGUGCAUACCUUAGGGAAGAAUGUGGAAAACUAAUUCAUAACUUGUUUCAAUCUGAUAUCAAGGCUGGCAAUUGAAUUUGAUGUAGUACCUUUAUUUUGCUGAACUGUGGUGCAGGUGGGAUGUAUCCCUUUUAAUUUAAUUUUUGUGAAUAGGGGAAAAUAAAAGUUUUUUUUCUAUUAAGCUUUGAGUCAUUGAGUGGAAUGUUUGUAUUCUGUAUGAUCAUCAAUAUGUUUGGAUAAAUAUUAUUUGCUUUAA